CUGAAGAUUACAUUCCCCUAACCAGUGUGCAAGAUGUCGACGUCACGUGUAUUGAGACUUCUAAUGGUUGCAGUUUUUGUAACAUCCGUUGCAGCUCUGGAUUGCUAUUACUGUAAAGAAGAUGGCACACCAGCCAAUGAUUUUGACGACUGUCUGAAUGUAUAUACGUGCAAUGAUACUGACCUGCCAGACGGCGGUUCGUACGAGGCUUGUACUACCUACUCCUAUUACACAGAUCAGCUGUAUGUAUUAAAGGGUUGUUACCGCAGUGCCGUCGACACCGACGAAUAUAGUUAUGAAUUCUGCCUCUCUGAGCAGAUGGAUGUAUACUGUCAUUCCGACGAAGAUACCUGGAACUGUCUUGACUGCUGCACAACGGAUCUCUGCAAUGAUGCGAUGAGUGCUGUUACCAUGGCAACAUGCAAUUUAUCUGGCAUUGUUUUCGGAUUGGUUGCAUAUUUUCUACUAUUUGUUUAAGUAUGUUUUAUACGU